UGCUGCUAGGCAACUGAGCCGCUCGCACAGUGAGAGGGAGAAGAGACGCUUUGUGCCGACAGUUAGCGAAGCUUGAGCCGCAAUGAAGUUUACAGACUACUGCCUCAGCUCGGAGGGAGCUGGUGUUAUUUUAGCAACAUCCAGUGAUGAAAUACACCCUCCGGAAAACAUAAUUGACGGGCGAUCUGAAACUUUUUGGACAACAACUGGGAUGUUUCCUCAGGAAUUUAUUAUUUCUUUUCAUAAAUGUGUGACUAUUAGCAAACUCAAAAUUCAGUGUUAUUUAGUGCAGAGAUUACAGAUUGAAAAAAGUAUAUCUAAAGAUCCAGUUGAUUUUGAACAAUGCAUUGAAAAAGAGUUGCUUUGUAAAGAUGGGGAACUACAAAUGGAAGAUUUUUCUUUUCCUGAGAUCCAAGCUACGUAUCUUCGAGUCAUCAUUUUAUCUGCUUUUGAUGCUUUUGUGUCAGUUCAUAGGGUGAUAGCAGAAGGACUAUCGCAAGAAAGUUCAAAUUCAAUAUUUUGAUUGCAAUACAUUCAACACUAUAUUAUAAACCUUUUUAAAAAUGUAGCUGGCAUUAAUGCAGUAUAAUGACUCUUUAAGUACACUAACUGCAGUUGGCUUUUAAUCUUCUUAAUGGAAAUUUGUUAAAAAUCUCAACUGAUGAACAUUGUUUGAAAUGGUAAUAUUUAUAUGAUGAUGUAUAUUAUAGCUGAGGUGGAAAAAUAGUCAAGAAUGUUCAUUCAUCAAAACCUCUGUAAUGUUGCCCAAUAUCUUCAGUGCAGCUUAACUGAUAAGAAAUAGUUGAUCUAGUCUGGGCCAAUCUUUCCUUUUAG